AUGGAGCAGGGAAGCUGCUGUGCAGAGGACCCCGGGCCUGGGCCUGUCAGGGUGAAGACCAGGCCAUGCCACAGGGGCUGGAGGGCCCUGGGCCUGCUGCUGCUGCUGGCAUUGGCCACUGCUGGGGCUGUGACUGGAGGGCUUCUUGGCUUUUCCCACAGCCCUCCCAAGCCACUGCUACGCAUGUUCCAUGUGACCCACCCGAGCUCCAGGGUGUACCGGUCCAACCAAACUGCGCAGGUGGACGUGGCCCAGAAUGUGGCGACCAUCAGGGUAACUCCAGCUCACAGCAACCGCAGCUGGGCAGUACUGUUCGAUGGGCAGAGUGGCUGUGUCUGUUACCGCCCUGCGGAGCACCAAGCCUGCUUCCUCCACCCGAUGGAACCCAGAGAUCGCACAACCCUGCAGCUUCUGGUGAACACCUCAAGGGCCCAGGGGUCUCACAGCCCCACCCAGGACACCUACUAUGCCCAGGAGCUGCUGGCAGUUCUCGGGAGCCGUGAGGUAGACCCUGCCCAGGUGGGGGCUUCAGUGCGACACUUUUGCGCCAAGACCCCCAUUUAUUGGGCCCAUCGAGCACAGGGGCCCCAGAGGCAGCGACUGAUCUACCUAUGCAUCGAUAUCUGCUUCCCAAGCAACAUCUGCGUGUCUGUCUGCUUUUAUUACCUCCCAGACUGA